AUGACUCCAGGAGCAAUAGAUAGUGUGUCUGCGGAUAAAAAGGCAGCGCCUCGAUAUCUAGAAGAACUGUGUGACGAAAUUGAUAAAGUCAAUGCAUUCAAAGCGCUCGCCCGGGAACGGAGUCUUUAUGCACCAUCCGAAUUUGAUAAAGACAAAGAUAGAUCCCAGUUUAGACAGUACGAAGAAGCUUGCGAAAGAGUCAGGGAAUUCUAUCAUGAGCAGCACACCAAGCAAACGGUUGCAUACAAUCUCAAAGCCCGAAAUGAUUUCCGCUCAAAGACUCGCGCCAGAUUGACUGUUUGGGAAGCGAUAGAGAAACUCAACGUGCUCAUCGACGAAUCCGACCCUGACACUGAGCUUUCUCAGAUUGAACAUUUGCUCCAAUCCGCAGAGGCAAUUCGACGUGAUGCAAAGCCCCGAUGGAUGCAGCUCACAGGCCUCAUCCACGACCUGGGAAAACUUCUCUAUUUCUUUGGCGCUGAAGGGCAGUGGGACGUGGUUGGGGAUACUUUUCCAGACCAAUCCACCCUUCCACCCGAGGCGCUCGCAAUGAUCCGCUAUCAUUCAUUUUACCCGUGGCACUCUGCUGGCGGGUAUACGGAGCUAAUGGAUGAGCAUGACCAAGACAUGUUGGAAGCCGUUCGCGCUUUUAACCCGUAUGACUUGUAUAGUAAGAGUGACGAUAUCCCCGAUGUGGAGGAGCUCAAGCCUUAUUAUCUCGAGCUUAUCGAUGAAUACUUUCCACAAAAGGUCCUUCGUUGGUAA